AGUAUAUUGCCUCUUACUAGAUAAUACCUGCAUGGAACCAAGAGGAGGGUGCUUCACAUUUUCAUGCAUCCAUUGGCCAUGGCCUUUCAGCCUUUUGCUUCCUCUGCUAUUGUUUUCUUCACGAGGCUUAUCAGCUUCCCUAUCAGACGCUCGUUCCACUGAUCACCUUGCCCUCCUCUCCUUCAAGUCCUUCGUCUACGAUGAUCCAUCCAAAGCGUUGGCCUCCUGGAACAGCUCCCUCCAUUUCUGCCAGUGGCAAGGGGUGAGGUGCCACAACCGUAGUGGUGAACCGAGGGUCACAGCUUUGGAGCUGGUGUCUCUGCGCUUGGCGGGCGCGUUGUCACCAUCCCUAGCCAACCUCACCUUCCUCCGGAGACUCGACCUCUCCACCAACAGUCUUCAGGGUCCCAUUCCCCAAGAGCUCGGACUUUUGUCCCACCUUCGGCAUCUCCGGCUGGACAAUAAUUCUCUCGAUGGGACGAUCCCUCUCUCUCUGUUUCAGAAUUGCUCCAAACUUCAAACCUUCAACCUGCGGCUUAACAAUUUGAUUGGGGCUGUCCCACGCAAUCUCAGCGAUUGUUUGGAGCUACAUAUUAUUCGUUUGGAUAACAAUGGGCUUGAAGGAGAGAUCCCCAGUGAUCUCGGUUCCCUGUCGAAGCUUUCCUGGCUCGACCUCUGGAGUAAUAGCCUCGCAGGGAGCAUUCCUCCACAGAUUGGCAAUCUUGCAAGCCUAACAUUACUUUCCUUGGCCGGCAACAAUCUCAACGGCCCCAUUCCUGCUGCCAUAGGAAACCUCUCCUCUCUUAGCCAACUUGUUUUGUCAAAUAGUCAACUUACAGGAGCCAUCCCAGCUACAAUAGGGAACCUCUCCUCUCUUACCUGGCUUGAUCUGUCAAAUAAUUCUCUUGCAGGGACCAUCCCACCUGAAAUUGGGAAUCUUGUUCACCUUGGAUAUCUCGAUUUGCAUAUUAACCAUCUCAACGGCACCAUCCCAUCUGAGAUAGGGAACCUUGUGAAUUUGACCGCUUUGUUCUUAGGUGGCAACCAACUGAGUGACACCAUUCCAAUAAGUUUGGGGCACCUACAAAGUUUAUAUAUAUUGAUACUCACCAGUAAUAAGCUGGAAGCAAGGAAUGCCGCUGAGUGGAGCUUUUUAGAUGCCUUGACCAACUGCACCCGUUUUGCUGUAUUGGAUACCGCAAGCAACAAUCUAGGUGGCAUGCUGCCAAAAUCCAUAGCCAAUUUGUCUACAACUCUUAUAUGGCUAAACUUGUAUGACAACCAAAUAUAUGGGAGCAUUCCUGCAGAGAUUGGAAAUCUUAUUAACUUGAACACAAUUGGCAUGUGGUCGAACCUUCUCAGUGGUACCAUUCCUGCAUCACUGGGAAGCCUUGUUAGAUUAGAAACAUUAAAGUUGGGCGCAAACAAAUUGGUGGGAGAAAUCCCGGUAACUCUGGGUAACCUGACCAGAUUAAGCAGUCUUAGUCUGGCCAGCAAUGAAUUGUAUGGAUCCAUUCCUUCGACUCUCGGAAAGUGCCCUCUAGAAACCUUGGAUCUUGCAUCCAACAAGUUAAAUGGUACGGUGCCCAAAGACAUCAUGUUCAUCCCCACCUUCAACAAGUACCUCAAUGUUUCACACAAUUCACUGUCAGGAUUCCUGCCUUUCGAAAUUGGAAAGUUAAUAAACAUCCAAACCAUUGAUGUCUCCGAUAAUAGAUUGUCCGGUGGCGUGCCCAGCACUAUUUCUGAAUGUGAGGUCCUGGAAAAUCUUUACAUGCAGGGGAAUCUUUUCCAGGGAUCCAUUCCUUCAUCAUUGAACCAGCUAAAAGGGCUGCAAGUGCUGGACCUUUCGAGCAAUAACUUGUCCGGUCAGAUACCGAAUUUCCAUAACAUGACUUAUCUCAAUCUCUCCUACAACAACUUGGACGGUGAAGUGCCAAAAGUCGGGGUCUUCAGCAAUGCAAGUGCAUUCUCAGUGGCAGGAAACAACAAUCUCUGUGGGGGUGUUCGAGAGCUUGGUUUGAGACCAUGCCCUGACCAAGCAUCAAAGAAGAAACAUCUGUCUGGGAAGCUGAUCGCGGUCAUCUCACUUGCAGCAGGAAUUUUAUGCGUCAUCUUUCUUCUCUCUUUGUUUGCAGCUCGUUGGUGGUUCCACAAGUCAAGGACACAUUCUCCUGUAGCCUCAUGCAUCAAAGAACAACAUAGGAAGGUCUCUUUUGCGGAGCUGCUCAGAGCAACAGAUGGAUUUUCGCCUGCUAAUCUGAUUGGAAUGGGAAGCUUCGGCUCUGUGUACAAAGGAACCAUGGAUUGGGAAGACCACAAGGCUGUCGCAGUGAAGGUGCUCAACCUCCUGCAAAGAGGGGCUUCAAGAAGCUUCACAGAUGAAUGCGAAGCUUUGAGAAACAUCAGGCAUCGGAAUCUGGUCAAGGUACUAACAUCAUGCUCAGGUGUUGAUUUCCGAGGGAAUGACUUCAAAGCUCUAGUUUUUGAGUUAUUGCAAAAUGGCAGUCUGGACAAGUGGCUCCAUCCUGAAGCGGAUGAACGGGGCACAUCACGAACACUAAGCCUCAUCCAGAGAAUGAAUAUAUCGAUCGACGUGGCUUCUGCACUGGGGUAUCUUCAUCACCAUGGUCCAACCCCUAUCGUCCAUUGUGAUCUCAAACCGAGCAAUAUUCUUCUGGAUCAUGACAUGGUUGCACAUGUGGGUGACUUUGGAUUGGCAAGGUUCCUGAGAAGAACUGUCAGCAAGUCAUUCCAGAGAUCAACAAAUUCAGUCACAUUGAAAGGGUCCAUCGGCUAUGCUGCUCCAGAGUAUGGGAUGGCCAAUAAGGUUUCAGUUCAAGGGGAUGCGUACAGUUUUGGAAUACUCUUGCUGGAGAUGUUCACCGGUAAGCGGCCUACCGAUGAUAGCUUAAAAGGUCUGAACCUUCAUCAAUAUGUUGAGAUGGCAGUUCCAGAGAAAGUUGUUGAGAUCAUAGACCCAUGCUUGUUAUCAGAAGAAGGAGAAACAGAAGCAGAAGCAGAUCGCACUAAUCCAUCAACAAGUGAAUUCAGUACGAGAGCACUAGAGUGCAUUACUUCAGUGCUUAGAGUUGGUAUUUUAUGUUCCAAGGAAUCACCAAAAGAGCGAAUGCACAUGGAACGUGUCAUAAGAGAACUGCAUGAUAUCAGGGAUGCAAUUCUGUGAGGACAGAACAGCAGGAGAAAAGCUAUAGUUUGACAGGGCAACGAGGGUUCAUCCACUAUUGCUUUGAGCAAAAUAGGCUAAUAAAUUCUGUACUGCAUAUAACCUAGAAUUUCCGCUCAUAAGAUUCCAUAAACAUAUGGACAAUGCUCCUAGAAUUAGAAUAAUCAUGGAUUGUACAAUUGUACUUCUGUUAAUGAGUGCUCUGCUUCCAUAGGCACCAAUGCAUUUCACAGUUGUGAAACU